UGUAUCUAUCUAUAUAUAAUACAUAUAUAAAUCAUAAAACCGUAGGGCAGGGUUUAAACCUUUGUAAAACACAGAACUGAUUGGCGAUUGCUAAAACGAGAUUUGAAAGCAACUCAAAUAAAAGAUCGCGACGUCAGUAAACAGAUUUAGAGAAGGGGAGGAAAAAAAAAAAAGCUAGUGACAAACCCAGGGAGAGAGCUCUGGGCAGGAGAGAGAGAGAGAGAGACUUAAAAGAAAUAGGAGGGGCUUGUGAGAGACUAGAAAUGUCAAUCAGAGCCCAGAGUCCCAAUAAUCUCCGGCAAUCUGUUAGGACCUGACCUGAGUCCACUCAGAUCAAUAGGAAAAGUGAGAGAAGAAAGAAGCGAUCGGAUCGUGUACAGCAGCGGCCGGAGAGAGAGAGGAGGAAGCUCACGGCCUCUCCAACACCCCUCUCUCCCCCUCCCCUCCCCACCCAUGUCUGCAAGAGUUUGCGGGAGGCACUGAAAAGUGCAGACAGCCAGCAAGGGCGAGCGAGCCAGCUCCCUCCUCUUCUACCAGCCCUUCUACUUUCUCUCCUUUCUCUCCUUUUUUUCUCCCCCCCUCCUCCUCCUUCCCCCCCCCCCUCCCCUACCCCCUCUGCCCACCAUGUCUUUCCCCCAGCUGGGCUACCAGUAUAUCAGGCCGAUUUACCCCUCUGAGCGCCAGGGGAGCGGCGGCGCUCGAAGCGGGACAGAGCUCACCCCGUCCGGGACUCUCUCUAAUGUGUUAUCCUCCAUGUACGGAGCGCCUUACGCCGCCGCCGCGGCUGCUCAAGGAUAUGGUGCUUUCCUGCCUUACACCGCCGAGCUCCCCAUCUUCCCGCAGCUGGGUGCCCAGUACGAGCUGAAGGACAGCCCCGGCGUCCAGCACCCGGCCUUCCCUCACCACCACCCCGCCUUCUACCCCUAUGGGCAGUACCAGUUCGGGGACCCGUCCCGGCCCAAGAACGCCACCCGGGAGAGCACCAGCACCCUCAAGGCCUGGCUGAACGAGCACCGCAAGAACCCCUACCCCACCAAGGGCGAGAAGAUCAUGCUGGCCAUCAUCACCAAAAUGACCCUCACCCAGGUCUCCACCUGGUUCGCCAACGCCCGGAGGAGGCUCAAAAAGGAGAAUAAAAUGACCUGGGCGCCCCGCAGCCGGACGGACGAGGAAGGCAACUCCUACGGGAGCGACCACGAGGGGGAAGAGGACAAGCGGGAGGACGAGGAGGAGAUCGACCUGGAGAACAUCGACACGGAGCACAUGGAGAGCCACAAGGACGAGCUGGAGGAGGACCCGGACCUGCUGCACUCCGACUCCAAGACGGACUCCGAAGGCUCCGAGGGCUUCGAGGACUUGCCCGGCUCCGAGGAGCGCUUCCUCAAGGCCGUGGAGGGGGAGCGCCCCCACCCGCCGGCCGGGGGGCUGCCGGAGCCCCUCAAGCUGCCCCGCCAGCAGCACCGCCUCUCCCCGCCCGCCCCGGCCUCGCCCCCGACGGAGGGCAGCUUAGCCAGCGCGGGGCAGAAGCCCAAGAUCUGGUCCCUGGCUGAGACGGCCACCAGCCCGGACAACCCCCGCAAGUCCCCCGGGGGCGGCAGCGGCUGCUCCCCCCCAGCGGCGGCCCCCCAGAGCCUGCCGCUGGCUCCGCCUCCGCCCCACAGACUCGUCUCCUCCUGUCCGCUGGGCAAGUUUCCCAACUGGACCAGCCGGGCUUUCUCGGCCCACCACCACCACCCGCACCCGCUCGCCUUACUGAGCACUCCCCACCUGCUGGGACUCGGGGCCACCCCCGGCGCUGCAGCCAUCGCCGCCUUCUCCAGACCCGCCGACCAGGCUCAGAGCACGGAGUCCGCUGGAACAGCAUGUGUGAUCCUGAGAGUCACCCUCAAAAACCAAUCAGCCUCCACUGCUGCUGGCAUUGACUUGUGAGUCUGAGCAGAGAGGACAAGGAACAAAUAUGGAUGAAGCUCAAACCACCUUCUCACCUUGCUAGGGUGUGGUUCCUGCAGAAAAAGGUUGAGACACAGUCCCAGAGUGGUGGCGGAAAAUGUGUGUAAUCACUGCCCAUGCAGUAAGUAUCAUGGAUAGGACUUCAGCCUCCUGAAUUUUCAGUCUGAUGCAUUACAUCUACUGACUCCUAUGAUGUCUUUACAGGGCAGUGGGUAUUGUCCAGGGUUCUCUGCUGAGGGUCUCAUUCUGAAACCCUUGCUUUGACCCUAUGAUGUGCACCCCCCCCCCCCCCGCUUUCUUUUUAUUCAUUCUUUGUUCCCUGUAUUUAAGUUGAUUCGGGGGUUGGCCCUUCCCCACUGUUGAAGGGAUGAUCUUUGUUCUUUCUAUAGACAGAGCCCCCCUUCAAGACACUGUCCCUGGUUCUCUGCUCAGUGUACCCUUCUGGUUCCCCUUUAAUGCCCCUCUAACCUCUCGCCCAUCUCUGCACAUUGCAUUUGUUCUCUGUAUUUAGGGAAAUGUCUUACACUGCUAACUCGGGCUCUUAUGUGUGUGUUGCCCCAACCCCCAUCCCAUUCACACAAAACACUCUGACCCAAAUUUGGUGGUGCAUUCAACCCAAGCUAGCUGGCCUGUUUGGGGCUCUAGGCUGAAGUCUGAGUGAGGCUUUCACUCAAGCUGGUAACCCACCCACUUUGCAAUGAGGACACAUGCUAAACCACUCAGGCGCUGAUCGUCCUCCAUUGCCUUCCCACAAUUCCCUCUGUGUGCCCAGACAGACAAGUUCUUCCACAAUUCCCUGGGAAAUCAUCCUAGAGCAGCUCAGCUUACUGUUGCACAAAGAACCAUGGGAUAUUCCCCAGAAAUUCUAGCAACACACACACGAGUGCAGCACUAGUGAGGACACAGUAACUCAAGUAUGGCUUUUCAGUGUAGCAGCUCACAUCAGCACCAGGCUAACCCUGGUGCUCAGACCUGGGUGCCAAUCACCCAAGUGAAUUCUGCAGUUAAGACUCAUCCUUAAUUGCUACCUGCCUCUUUGUAGUCCCUACUCUUUCAUGAGUGGAAGCCACGGCUGUUUUUGUGGGAAGGACCUUUCAGAGGUCUCACCCCUCAUGCAAGAGUUUAACAGACUGAUCCUUCAUUACCACUCAUUCAAAUAGCAAUUUAAAAAUAUUUAAAAUAAAUAAUUGAACAAGUCAUUAAAAUAAUUGUGCAGUGUAUUUUCCCUCUCCACUGGAUUGCAAAAUCAUCCGGAAUAAUGUUAUUAUGUCCUUAAAGUGAAUCCACUUAGAGAGAAUUCAGACAUACUUAACUGCCUUCACAGUGGUAUGGAAUGAAAAGCCAUGAGUUGUUUCAGAAAACUUCAGUGUGCAAAAUGAGAUUCCAGUGAUCCACCACAUAAAAUGAAAUUGUUCUUAAGAAAGAAAGAAAAUCUAUUCUCUCAAAGAGGGUUCUGCUUCAUUUUGAUGAAAUACAAUUUUUUAUGUAACAAUAUAAGACUUCUGGCUGUUUUGUUACACA